CAGGGUUUUAGUGUUGUAGAACCCUUUGCCGGGAGUGUGCUACCUACGCAAACCCUACAAUUUCCGAUAACAAAAUGGCAUCCGCCGCCGCCGCGAGGUCGAUUUUCCGAUCAAGCUCCGCUCGACGCGCCGCGUUCGGUCUCGGCUCGGAAGCUAAGGCGGCUCGCUCUCCGUUCCGCGUUGCCUCCAAUAAACCUCUUUCACAAUCCACGGUCAGGUGUCCCGUUGAAUUGAGCUUUUGUGUGGAAUCCAUGCUACCAUACCAUACGGCAACUGCUUCUGCUCUGAUGACUUCAAUGCUUGCUGUCUCUCGCCGCAGCUACGGUUGGCUUCCUGAAGGCCAAGAGAAGACUAUUUGAAGAUCAAGAAGCAAGAUUGCAAUGAUGAUGUGUGAUAAAUGUUCUGAAGGUUGAAGCAAUCUUUUAUGUACAGAUCUGCUUCGUGAGACAGUGUCUUCACUGAGCCAUUGGGGGGGGGGGACAAAUUGAGUCCCAAAGGCCGAAAGGAACUUUAAAAACCUAGAUCGCCUGUACUUCUGUUCUUUCUAUUUCAGAUGCAUAAAAGGCUGCUAUUUUCUAUUCACCUGGAUUUUAGAGUCUAAAGGCAAAUAAGUUGAAAUUGUAUUGCGAUAUGUUGGAUAAAGUUGUCAUGUUACGAUAUGCUACUGAGAAAUUCCGUAUUGAAUCAGCUAGGGAUUUUUAAUGAAUGCAGAAUUCCAGUAUGUAGUGAAAUUUCUAUUUUUCAAUCAAGUGGCGCCUGUUAAGCAUCCUGCCCUUAUGGCAGUCUAAUUCACGCUUUCUGUCUAUCAAUUACUUGUGCCUAACCAAUUAAGUUUGUUCUUGGCUGGGUACAUCGUUAUCCCAGUCAUUUGUAUUUUUGGCCUAAAAUUUUGUCAGCCUAGGAAAAACUUUUUAUUAACAUGGUAACUUGCUUGUUUUUGGAUUGUUAUCUUUAUGUAUAAUAUAACGGUGGACGGUGGUGUUUUCUUUUUCUCAUUUACUU